CAAAAUCAAACGAACAAAACCAGACGAACGGCCGGAUCAGUGGAGUCGGUGUUUCGGUUCUUCUUGCCAUAACUGUGAUAGCAUCAAUAUACUCUUCGAAAUGUGCUUAUAAUUGUGUGACUAACCUUUCUUACGAUGAUUUAUUUUUAACGGAGCAAGUUUACUACUUCAGCCAGUGCUUGUGCAUUGUUUCGCCAACCUAACCCUAUAACCCGCUUGGCUAUCUAGCUUGCCCUUGGGAAUUCAUAGCUUAACCCGUCACAAAAAUGGAAUCGGAAGGGUUUCUCACACCACGAAAGCUGAUUCAGAGUGCCCUUGCUAGAACGUCGUCGCGUACCUCGAUGGCUUCCUCGCCAUCGCUAAUGGCUGCCAGGACGCCGACGUCAUUGUCGCGAAAUACCUCUAGCAGCUGUAACACCACUACUGGCAGUCGCUUCAAUUUACUACCUGUGCUACAAACGCCUCCUUCGCGUAUUUUUAAAGGCCGCAUCGUGAACCCCUUCGAAGCGCAUCUGAGCGAACGGUUUCAUUUACCGAUGAUCGGGAGUCCUUCCCUUUUCCAGCGCCCCAGUACCCCACAGAACAGCAGCAUCACGCAGUUCGAGUGGACGAUCGAUGAGGUGUCCUCGCUCGGACCGGCAAACGUCGAGCCACACGAAACACAGUUCAUCGAAACGCCCGACCCGGUCGCAGAGGCUCGAGUGCAAGCUGCAAUCAGCACCUACUUUAAAGAGCACAGUAUAGUGCCCAGUCCCAUCGACUGUCCGUUAAGAAAUCAAAAAAUUGUGCUAUCAAAAGAUUCUAGCAAUGCCGGGUCGACCGCUAGUGGUUCAGGACAGGCCAACAAAAAAGUUCGCAAUGGAAUAUGUCAAACCGUCCUUUCAUUCCCUCCUCAUCUACCCAAAGAGAUUGAGGAUGUGUUGCAGAAGUAUCUCACAUACAACGAGGAUCAGCAACAGAAGCAUGAUGCAUCGCUCAACGCUUCUUCGGUCAGUAGUAUAGAUCACGAUGCUCGGGAUGCUUCUUUGCGACGGAAACUCUUCAACACAUCCGCUGUACUUGACGAUAGAGACAGUGACGCUAGUGGCGCGAGUCGUUACGGAAGCUCAAUUGAUGAUUUCGAUCUGCGAGCGCUAAGUCCUGCGCCGGAAUCACCUGAAGUGCUUGUUGUUCGGGAAAAGGCGAGUGAACAAGAUUUGAAACGCUCGCGCUACUACGGUUCGCAGGAAAUGCUUAACCAUGUUGUUGAAAGCGAUGCGGACAGUUCGUUUGGUGCACUUUCGCCCAUUUCGAAGAGCUUAGUCAGUACAUCUCCCAUCGAUGCAUGCGAACAGUAUCAUUCGGAUGCGGAUGCCAUUUACCGUAGUACGCCAGAACCAUCAACCACAUUCCACGGCGAUAAUAUAUCUGUGGAGCUGAACGAAAGCCGUCAAUAUAUGAGUGCCUCUUUAAAGCAUACGGAAUUAACUAACGUGCUCGCCGAUGCGAAUCUGUCGAACGACGCAGAAAGAAGUAAUAUUCUAUCGUCGCAAUCGUUUGAUUGCUCCCUAAUGACGCAGCACUCCAUCACUCCGCUUCGGGGUUAUCGAAGGAAAGAUUCGAAUCGCCGAACUACGAAUCGUAAAAAUUUGUCUCAAUCUUUUCUCCAAAUCUCUGACAAGGAUCGUAUCGAAGGAAGCAUCCUGAAACAAAGUGAUGGCAACGAGCCUAUCGCCCGAACCACUGUAAUGAAGGCAUUAUCGCCCAUAAAAGAAAACAUCGCUUUGUCGGAGACCGUUCCGCACUGCGCAAAUUUAUAUCGCACUGAUAGCGGGUUUAAUGAGGAAUAUCAAAGUAACGAUUUUGCUCAUGAAAUGUCGGAUGUAUCGAUGCUUUCAGAAGACUUUUCGAAUACCCCGGGAAGGAAGCGGCAAGAAAUCACUGCCGACACCUGACCCGAUGACUGUAGCAAUAAUAGUUCCUCGGCUUUAAGACUGCAAAAUGGUAACGGUCAUAGUAAGACUAAUUACAGAGAACGAAAUCAAAAACCGUUUCGGCCAAUUCACUCUAGCAAAAUUCUCAAUCUAAUAGCUCAAUUGUGUUUGUAAUAUUUAGGUAACGAUUUUGUACAAUGCAAUGAACGAAACAGUUCAAGGGAACGUGUAGUACAGCGACAGAAAUAGUGCGAUAUAGGUAUCAUUUGCAUUUAAGUAUCCUUUUUAGACAAGUUGAUUUUUAUCAUUUACGCGAAAUAUGCAUUUUUAAUUGUAUAGCACAUAAUAAAGCUUAUAACAAGAAU